AUGAUUAUUACCUACCUGUUGUAUUUUAUAUUAAGCGUUCUAUUGAUCAAGUUCUAUCUAGAAAGACGAAAAGGUCAAAAGAUCUUCAAGAAGAUGGGCAUACCAGGUCCGAGCCCCAACUUUCUAUUUGGAAAUUUGCUGGCGCUGUGGGGACAAACGGGAUUUCAUUGUAUGUAUCAAAUAUGGACGAAGCUUUAUGGACGUACAUUUGGGUAUUUUGAAGGCCCGUCCCCUGUAUUGGUUACAUCCGAUCCAGAUAUUCUUCAAGAAGUUUUUGUCAAACAAUUUCAUAAUUUCUACGCUAGAAAGGUUUGGCCAGUACAAGUGGAUCCCGAAACAGACGAGAAAGUUCACAUGUUUUUCGCCAUGGGUGAUCGAUGGAGAAGGCUUCGAUCUGUUGUCAGCCCAGCUUUCAGUUCCAACAAAAUGAGACGGGUUCGGGAUGAAACAGAACCGUUUUUAACCAACUGUCGUGGCGUCAUCAAAGAUACAACAAAACAACCCAUAUUAUAUCUGUGUGGAUUUAUAUUUCCUGCACUACAGAGAUUGUGGAUUGGUAUUUAUUAUUUUCUACAUUAUAUAAAAUUUAAUCCUGUAUUCUGGUUGGAGAAAAGAUUGGGUUUACUCAUAGAGAAUAGAAAACGAGAUCAUAAGCCUCAUAAAUCAGAUUUGCUACAACUGUUGAUAGAAGCCCGGAUGGACGGAGCCAUUGCUUCAACUUUUACAAAUGAGAUUGUCCAACAAGCUCUGCUAUUUUUAUUGGCUGGCUAUGAGACAACAAGUACAACGCUAUCCUUCGUUUUUCACGAAUUGGCCAACAACUUCGACAUACAGAACAAACUACGAGAGGAAAUAAACACAUACUAUCCAAACCAGGACGAUGUACCAACAUAUGAUGAUGUUAGACAGUUGAAAUAUUUAGAUAUGGUGAUUAAAGAAACGUUAAGGAAAUAUCCUCUAGCUAGUGUUAUCAUAGCUAGAAAAUGUACCAACACGUGUGUUGUUAAGGGAAUAACAAUCCCAAAAGGCAUGGUUGUCCAGGCAGACGUUUGGUCGUUACAUAAAGAUAAAGCUAUAUGGGGUGAUGAUGUCGAAACUUUUGAUCCGGAGAGAUUUUCUGACGAGAAUUCGAAAAGUCGACAUCCGUAUGCUUGGAUACCGUUCGGUGCAGGACCACGAAUGUGCGCGGGUUUACGAUUCGCUGUUCUGGAAGCCAAAAUGGCGACGGCUACCAUGGUGAAAAAAUUCGCAUUUAAACCAUCCAAAGAUCACAGACUAGAAAUGAUAGAGGGAGCCACCGUAACUCCAAAACAUGGUGUAUUGCUACACGCUACACCGAUUUGAACUAGAUCUUACUAAAACAUUAUGUAAAGAUAUUGGUGUCGAGUU